AUGAUCAAACAGCACGCUCCUUGCUCUACUAGCAUGCCUUCGUCGCGUGCAGUGGCACGACUACCUUUCGAAGCUCAUCGAACAAGCCUUCCGACCUUCUUGUACCUUUUCUCCUUCUGUCCAGCACUUCCAUCACCUUUCACUUCGCCACGCGCCUUCUGCCAGCAUCCAGGCGUUCUCUAUGUCGUCGGCUUCUUCGCUGCCGUCUUGGCAGGAUGUGGUAUGCCCGCACUCGACUUGCUCUACGGUUACUACACCAACAGAGUCACUCCAGGCUCAGCUAGUCCAGAAGUCAUUCGCGAUGCUUCCUCUUACGUCGGCUGGGUCGUCACCAUCGUUGGUUUCUGCGAGUUCCUGCUAGCCUGGCUCUUCCUCUCAUGCUUCUCCACGGCAUCACACAACCUUACACAGCGACUUCGACACACCUAUGUCGCUUCCGUCUUGGCCCAGGAUGCCUCUCACUUCGACUUGCACGGUGCAGGUGAGAUCGCCAACCGUGCCAACAAGGACAUCUCGGUCAUUCGCGCUGGCUUUGGUGAGAAAAUUGCCUACGCAACUUGGUCUGGUGCCACCAUGAUCGUCUCGGCCAUCAUCGGUUUUGUCAAAGCACCCAGGAUCGCAGGUGUCCUCUUCGCCCUUCUCCCUCUCACCAUGAUCAUUUUCACCAUCCUCGGCAAAGCGACCGAGGUUGUCGGUGCACCUGCUCUCCGCAUCGAAGGUCGAUCUUCCACCUUCCUCGAACAGGUGCUCGGCUCAGUGCGUGUGGUGCAGUCCUUCGGCAUGGAGCGUCAACUGCUCAAGCGCUUCGAUCAAGCCAUGCUCAAACCUCUCGAAAAGCUUGGCAUGCGCAAGUCGGCCAUUCGAGGUCUUGAGACCAGUGCAGUCUACUUUAUGCUCAACCUCACCUACUCGCUCGCUUUCUGGUGGGGUGCUAUAAACAUUGCCCAAGACAAGAUCCUCGUUGGCGAUUUGCUCACCACCUUCUGGAACUACCUCAACUCCUUGUUCUCGCUUGCCAACAUCGUUCCUCAUAUUGCCGGCAUCUUUGAUGCCAGGACUGCCAUCAUUCAGGUUCGCCGUGCUAUCGAGCGCGAGCCCAAGAUCGACAUUCGUCAAGAAACUGGUCUCAUCCCCACUUCUGGCGAGAAGGAUUGGUCUCCUAGCUUCCAGCUCGAGCAUGUCACCUUCUCCUACCCCUCCCGACCCAACAUUGCUAGUCUCAAGGAGGUCUCGGUCCUAUUCCAGCCUGGCAAGGUCACCGCUCUCGUCGGUCCUUCGGGCUCAGGCAAGUCGACAAUCACCAGUCUGUUACUUCGAGAAUACGACCCUGAGACUGCCAACAUUCCUCAUCCUCACGAUGCCGAGGCAGCCAAGGCGGAUCAGGCUAACAAGGCCAAAGCAGAUGAGGACGAAAAGACUACAAAGAAGAGCAAUAAGGCGUCGCUCUUCUCCAAAAAAUCCUCCAAGGACUCUCCUGCUGACCAAGACUUGGAAAAGUCGGACCCGAGCGCCAAUGCAGGCAAAGGCAGAAUCCAAGGCUCAGGCAAAGUCCUCUUUGCUGGUCACGACCUUCGUCAACUCAACACUCGAUGGCUACGAUCUCAGAUUGCCAUCGUUCAGCAACAUCCUCAGCUCUUCACUGCUAGCGUGUUCGAGAAUGUCGCCACCGGUCUCACAGGCACCCAAUGGGAGUAUCUUCCCGACCUCGAUGGUGAUCCCACCUCUCCGGCCUACGAUCCGACAAGGACCGAGAUGAUCCGAGACAAAGUGAUGCGCGCUCUCCAGAAGGCCGAGGCGUGGAACUUUGUCUCCAGGCUUCCACAAGGCAUGGACACACCUAUCUCGGGCGGUCGAACGGGUCUCCUCUCUGGUGGUCAGCGUCAGCGAGUCGCCAUUGCUCGUGCCCUUGUCCGUGAACCUCGACUUUUGUGUCUCGACGAGGGCACUUCAGCUUUGGACUCGGACACUGAAAGCAAGAUCAAGCUCGCUCUGCAAAAGGAGCAGGAAGAGCGUGGCAUGACUACAAUUCUGAUUGCUCACCGUCUCAGCACCAUCGAGCAUGCCGACAGCAUUGUCGUCCUCAAGAAUGGUCGCCUCGUCGAGAAGGGCAACCAUGACUCGCUCAUGCAGAAGAAGUCGACCAACGAUGGAGGUGGUCUCUACCGUAGCAUGGUCAUGCAACAGAGGCACCUCGCCGAAUACGAGGCCGAGAACCAAGACUCUCCCACUUCAGCAGCACUCGAGACCAAAUUCUCCUCCAAGUCAUCAACUCAUUCAUCGGACGUCAUCUCAGAUGAGAGCGAGCCAGCAGAUCAGUCGCCGAAUGAGGAUCUGGAGAGAUCCACGUAUGCGUUGUCGGAUGACACGAGGACUAGGGUUGACGGUGCCUCGACCACUCGCUCGGCAUCUGUUGUGCCUGAUGAGCCCCUUUCCAGCGACGAUUCCCCUCCCCUUCCCCUUGCUCGCCACCGUAGCAGUCGUGCAUCCGACACUCCCUACCCCGCCUACUCGGGCCGGACAGGCACAGCACUGGGUCAGCACGAACACGCGCAGGAGGCCACCACGGGUGCUAAAGAUGCUGAGCUUGCUCUUCCCACCAACACGGCUGCAGCUGUGCCAAUCAAGUCCGACCCUCAAGACUCGAAGGGUCUAGGUAGCAAGGGAAAGAGCGACGCCCAGAGCAAGGCAAGCCGCAAGGAAGAGAAGCGUCGACUCCGCAAGACCUUCUGGCGCUAUCUCAAUAACCAGAAGUUCUGGUUCUCGAUUGGUAUCAUUGGCGCCAUCGCAACCGGAGCCAGUUUCCCUAUCGCUGGAUGGCUGACCGGUGGUGCCGUCAACUCGCUAUCUAUCGAGGGCGACGACAACCGCCUCAAGAGCGAGACGAACCGGUGGGCGCUCUGGUUCCUUAUCUUGGCGCUGGCCGACCUCGUUAUUGUCAUGAUCGGCAGUUUCUUCCUCGAGACCGCUUCCGAGCAUGUGAUGAGGAAGCUGAAGAAGGAAGGUUUCUCCUCGCUUAUUCGUCAAGAGAUUGGCUUCUUCGAUGCAGAGGAGCAUGCUAGUGGUGCCAUCAGCGCCGCUGUCGGCAGUCACCCCGCCAACGUUGCCGCAGCCACUGGUCUAGUACUAGCACAAGUCAUCAUCGGCUCUGUCAACCUUCUGGGUUCAGUCAUCCUUGGUCUGGUGCUUUCGUGGAAGACCUCGGUCGUCUGUCUUGCUCCUAUCUUUGUUCUUUUCAUCUCCGGUUGGCUCAACAUCGCCAUGUUGGAGAAGUACGAGGCUGUAGCUCAGAAGCCCGCCGACCGCGCCGCCUCGUACGUAUCCGAGAACGUUGAUGCGAUCAAGACGGUUGCUGCGCUUGGACGAGAGGCCGAGACGAUGCGUGUCUUUGACGAGCGUGCUCGAGCGGAUCCCAAGCGUACUCGAUACCUCAUCUUUGGAGCUGGAGGCUUUGCCGUCUCGCAAGCCAUGGUGCUGCUCCUCUCUGCUUUGGUCUUCUACUGGGGUGGUUCGCUUCUCAGCAGGGACAAAGUCGAUAUCACAGCUCUCUACGCAUCUUUCGAAGCCGUCAUCAUCGCUGCCUUCUCCGCUGGACGUCUCUUCACCUUUGUUCCAGACUACGGCCGGGCCACCAACUCGUUCAGGACCAUCUCUGGCUGGAUCAACCGCAAACCUUUGGUCGCCGACACCAGCGGCAUGCCUGAGUUGGAUCCAUCUUCUCGUAGCAAGAUCGAGGAUGGCAGCUAUGCAUUGGGCGACAUCGUUCUCAGCGAUAUUGAGCUUCGCUACCCACAGCGACCCAGCCAUCCAGCACUCAAGGAGCUUAGCAUCACCAUCCCAGCAGGCAAAAGCGUCGCAUUCUGCGGAACAUCCGGAUCAGGCAAGAGUUCGAUCUUGGCACUGCUGCAGCGAUUCUACGACCCUUGCCAAGGUAGCAUCCAGUUUGGCGGUGUCGAUGUGCGACAGGUUCCCAUCGACAUUCUUCGUCAGCAAAUGGCCUACGUUUCUCAAGAUCCGAUCUUGUACGAAGGCACGAUCCGCUGGAACCUUUCGCUUGGAUCCAACGAUCCUGAAUCAGUGACGCAGGCGGAGCUCGAGAAGGCAUGCGAGGAUGCUUACAUUCUUGACUUUGUUCGCGGCCUUCCGGACGGCUUGGACACCGAGAUCGGCUUCAAAGGCUCGCAGCUCUCGGGAGGUCAGAAGCAGCGUCUUUGCAUCGCACGAGCUUUGCUCCGCAACCCAAAGAUCCUGCUCCUCGACGAAGCUACAUCGGCGCUUGACGCUGAGUCCGAAAUCCAGGUCCAGAGAGCACUCGACCAUGCCGCACUCAACCGUACGACCGUUACGAUCGCUCACAGGUUGAGCAGUCUCAGGAAGUGCGAUUGGAUCUUUGUCGUCGAGGACGGAAAAAUCCGAGAGAGCGGCACCCACUCCGAUCUCAUCGCUCGCCGUGGAAGGUACCGCGAGCUUAUGGAGCUUCAACUUUAG